AACAAUAAUCCGAUAGCUGACGUUCGAAAAAAUGAAGCUUUAAAAUUGCCCUAACAAGUUCAAACGCAUCUUCAAAGGGAUACACCGACACCGGCGGAUAAAAAUGUCGGACACAAAUCUAAUGCACCUGUCAGCGCUCUGGAGGCAGCUACCACACCUGACAGCAUCGUUGGAACGCACGCUUUGGAACACGUUUCGUACGUACCAACCAUCCUGGCAAACACAGCAACUUGCCAGUGAAACGCAGCGGGAGCUGUUUGUGGAGUUGGUGUCUUUCUGUGGCGGUGGAAAUUAUCGUCCGUUUGAUGCGAUGGUUCACGUGACAGAAGACGUUGCCCAAGACGUUCCGAAGCGGUUGUCAACGAUCGUGUUGGAAUUUUUGGUCGCAAGCUUUGAUGGUGGUCCGGAACCGAAACCUCUAAGCUGUUGUCAGGUGCGUGAGUUUGGAAGCCUUUUAAGUACGGAGUUGCCACUGGUAAAGGUUAUUGAUCUUGAGAGCGAAACGUACUGGCGAAGGGUGGUGUGGUGUUACUCAAAUGAUGCGCUGGUCUAUCACGAGCACGAUUACCUCUCACCAAAACGAUUCUGGAAGCAACAGGGUAUCGAACUUAAACUAGCCCAAAUGAUCGAACAGCAGGAUCCUCAGUUUUGGGAGCUGGAAGGAUUGGAAGAUACAAUCAAAAAAGCUGCUCCUUUCGUAGACAACCUGUACAUUAAGCAGCUUAAACCACAUCCAACUGUAGAACCAAUAGAAGAGUACGAAGAGUACGAUAUUUGCAAUGCUCCCGAUGAGCUUUGCAAUCACGGAUCGUUGACUAUUCUUGGACAUCUCGUCAAUCUUACCUCGUUAUCGCUUGUGUUUGGAGUAAAGCACUGGAUAAAAUCCUAUCAAAAUCGUUACUCAAACUGUUCCUCCACCGACAUUGAAAACCUUGGCCUAGGUCUUCAGAAGUUGGAAAAGCUAAAAAAGUUCACCCUGUCACAAACCAGAUUGAAUUCACCGAAGCUGAAAAUUCUACUCGAUUCCGUGACACCGCUCCAGCUGGAAACGAUUCGCCUCACUCACUGUCAGCUAGCGGCAGGUUGUGGUGCUAUUUUGGGACGGUUUCUUAGCCGCUUUCAACCGUCGCUUACCCAUCUCGAUCUUUCCCACAAUCGGUUCGAUGCGACCGAGCUCGACCAGCUCUGUCCGGGCUUAAGCGUUUACCGGGGCGCUGUUGACAGACUGGAUUUGUCUUACAAUCCCAUCGGAGAGGCGGGCGUACUGAUUCUUGGCGGUGCCAUGAAGGGUUGUGCGCAAUUGAGCGAACUCAACUUUACCGGCUGUCAAAUGGGCGUCGAGGGAUCUUUUCGGGUUAUACAGCUGCUCAGCUUUCAUGCGACACUGCGAAAGGUUUCGUUGAACUGUGUACCGAUUAGUCCCGAGGGUGGUGAGAAACUGGUGCAAGUUUUGCUGGAAAACACUCACAUUGAGGAUGUGCAGGUGCGGCAGUGCGGUCUUACCAAUGAGUUGCUUGCAAAGGUGAGAAAAAUACUACGAAAACAUGCUAAAAUCAGAGAUCAACCUCGAUCGGUGAAGGUGAACUUGAACCAACGGACAGACAAGUGUCACAGUGAACGAUCUCUCGGGAGUAUGUUUUUGCUGGAGCGUCAAAUCUUUUCAGAGUAA